UUUACUAGAACACGCCCGCUGCGCGGUCACGAGACGAGGUGAUGCAGAGAUACGCGUGUGAGGGAUAAAUGAAGCGGGGGAAGAAGAGGGGGGAUAACUGGGUCAGAGAGUCUUGAUUUUAUUGGCCGCGGCGGAGCGGAGGGGGGAUUUCGUCAAAGGGCAACGUGCUGCUGGUCGUGUACUCCACUGAGUGACGUCCGAGCGCGAGGGGCUGAGUUUCAGUGCGCGCUGUGUGGCAGUGGGUCAGCAGCUCUCCUGUCACGACCAGCACGAGCAGCAAACAUAGCUACAGUGCAAGCUUGUCUUCCACCUGAAGUUCCUCCACCUACAACCUCCAAAGAGGCUUGUGUGCGAAAAAGCACGUCCGCCAGAAAUCAAUCAGUCUAGGGUUUAUCCACUGGAUGAAGAUGGAGGGGGAGAAGAAACAAGUAACGUGCUACCUCCUGUUCUCUCUGGGCACGGCUGUUAUUGGCUCCCUGCAGUUUGGCUACAACACAGGGGUCAUCAAUGCACCUGAGCAGAAACUGCAGGCGUUCUUCAAUGAAACAUGGGUUCGGCGUUAUGGAAAGCCCAUAGAUGCUGGAGUGUGCACCCUCGUGUGGAGUUUAGCAGUGGCCAUCUUCAGUGUUGGUGGCAUGGUGGGCUCCUUCAGCGUCGGUGUCGUGGCAGACAAGUUUGGACGGCGAAGGUCAAUGUUUAUAGUGAAUAUCUUGGCUGUGAUUGGUGGCUCUCUGAUGGGUCUCUGCACUCUCUGCUCUUCCUUUGAGAUGGUCAUUGCUGGUCGUCUGGUUAUUGGGCUUUUCUGUGGCCUGUUCACUGGUCUUACUCCAAUGUACGUUGGGGAGGUAUCACCAACUCCUCUCCGUGGAGCCUUCGGCACUCUGCACCAGCUGGGUGUGGUAGUGGGCAUCUUGAUUUCUCAGAUCUUUGGUCUGGAGUUUCUUCUCGGCUCUGAUAAGCUGUGGCCUCUGCUGCUAGCUCUGACUGUCAUUCCUGCUGUACUGCAGUGUUUGCUACUGCCUUUCUGCCCUGAGAGCCCCCGCUACCUGCUUAUAAACCUCAAUAAGGAGGAAGAGGCUCGCAAAGCACUCGUACGUCUUCGUGGCUUUGAGGACGUGUCAAAAGACAUGCAGGAAAUGAAGGAGGAGAGUGUGAAGAUGAACAUGGAGAAGAAGGUUACCAUCCCUGAGCUUUUCCGUACUGCCACGUAUCGCCAGCCUCUUCUCGUCGCUGUCGUUCUCCAGCUGUCUCAGCAGCUUUCUGGCAUUAAUGCUGUGUUCUAUUACUCUACGGGUAUUUUUGAGUCUGCGGGUGUGACACAACCCAUAUACGCCACCAUUGGGGCUGGAAUUGUCAACACUGUUUUUACUGUGGUCUCACUCUUCCUAGUUGAGAGGGCUGGACGAAGGACACUGCACCUCAUUGGUUUGGGUGGUAUGGCAAUCAGUGCUCUGCUGAUGACCAUCGCCCUGCUACUGAAGCAUAUCGAGUCUCUGAGCUACCUGAGCAUUGCAGCAGUGUUUGCCUUUGUGGCAAUGUUUGAGAUGGGCCCAGGACCCAUCCCCUGGUUCAUUGUGGCCGAGCUCUUCUCUCAGGGGCCGCGACCUGCUGCCAUGGCCGUUGCUGGAUUCUCUAACUGGACAGCCAACUUCAUUGUGGGCAUCAGUUUCCCCAAACUUGAGAAACUGUGUGGGCCAUAUGUUUUCAUCAUUUUCAUGGCCUUCCUUAUCCUAUUCUUCAUCUUCACAUACUUCCGUGUUCCCGAGACCAAGGGGAGAACCUUUGACGAGAUUGCUCGAGAGUUCAGCAAGGCUCAGCCUCCUGCAAGUUCCUCCGUCGAGGAGACAGGAGAAGUUGCGGCAUCCACUUCUCUAGCAAAGGAGAAAGUUCCUUUAGUGGCAGCCAACUCUGGAUCAGAGGAGAAACCCAGCUCGUCUGUGAAGGUCACUUCAGAGGUCCCUAAGAGUCAGGAGAAAUCUGAGUCUGCUACAGAGCAACAGGUGAAAUCCUCUACAGAGGACAAGUCCAAUUCCACUGUCCAGGAAAGCAUGUAGAUAUGUAUUUAUUUAUUUAUUUUAUUUUAUUUUUUUAUUUAAAACACUAUGUUUUAGAAAAGUGAAGACACAGUGGCAUGCAAAUGUUUGGGUCAAAUUUACUGUUACCGUGAAGUUGAAGAUGAAAUUAUCUUCAAAAGGCAUAAUGUAAAAGAUGACACAUUCCCUUUAUAUAUUGUGCAAAACGGAUUGUUCAGAUUUUCAAAAUAACAAAAAGGAAAAAGGCCUGAAGCAAAAGUGUGGGCACCCUGCAAAAUUAAUACCUAGUAGAACCCCUUUGGCAAGUAGCGCAGCUUAUUAACGCUUUUAAAAGCCGACCAAUAAUCCUUCGAUUCUUGUUUGAGGGAUUUUUAUCCAUUCGUCCUUGUAAAAGUCUUCCAGUUCUGUGAGAUUUCUGAGCUGCUUUGCAUGCUCUGCUCUUUUGAUCUCUAUAAGCGUGAUGUGAGGGCUGUAGUAAACCCUUCAGCUUGCGUCUUUUAAGAUAACCUAUUGUGUAUUUUUGUUGAAGCCAUCCUCUUUCCAACUUCAGCUAUUUACAGAUGGUGUUGAAUUUGCUGAAAUUGAAUCCAUUCUCCUCUCGACCCCAAAGCAUGAUUCAGCCUCCCCCAUGCUUAACAGUUGGAGAGGUGUUAUUUUCAUGGACAAUGGAUAAUUGCAAUCAAAAACAUCAAGCAUGUUUAGAUGUUCUUUAGUAAACUUCUGACUCUUGAUUUCGUGGUGAGGAUGCAGGAAAGGUUUUCUUCAGAUGACUCCUUUAUGAAGACCAUAUAUAUGCAUUUGUUGCUGAUUUGAUUUGCCUUUAUAGCAAUCCUAUAAGCAACUGCCUCUGAAAUGUUUCUUUGUAAUCAAGAUUUUAUCUUGACCUUCGCUAUUUCGGUUAAUUGCCAUUUCUUAACUACAUUUCUGAGGAAACUGGUAAAAAAUGGUAAAAAAAUGGUAACCUGAGCACGCUUUGCUAUCUUCUUAUAUCUCCUGAAAACAAGAGUCAAGAGGCUUUUAUUGUCAUUACAUCUGUAUACAGGUACACAGUGUAACGAAUUACGUUCCUCCAGAACCAACACAGUGCAACAUGGAACAACAAUACAAUAGACAAACAUCUGCUUAGAAGAAAAACCCAUGGAUAAGUUUAGAGGGGUCUGGGUGUUUAUGAAGAUUUGUUUUGCAUCAGCUUGCCUUUCCUAACAAUGUUUGCGAACAUGUCAUAACCCUAACAGGCUAAUUAUGGUCGGAGACCUCAGUCAAAGUUAAAAAAGUGCUUAAAUUUUGUUCCCAUAACUUUGCAAGAUACUCAUUUUAUUUUUCACUAAAAUAAAAAAUACAAAAUACAAAACCAAAAUAAUAUACUGAUAUUUCUUCAAAUGCUAAAGAGUAUAAAGAGUUAAUAUUUUUGCUUUUCUUGACCGAGGGGGACCCGAAUGUUUGCAUGUCACUGUACACUGGAACGUACUGACUGAGGGAAACUAGCACAGAAAGUCGUGACUAUUUAUUUAAAAGAAAGAUAUGUAUUGAACUUGUGAACAGUGAACAGAUUAUGGUUUGGUGCAAUAUCCUCAUAAAUUAUUUAUUUUUAUGGUACUAUAUUACAUUACUAUCUUUACAUUUUUCUUUGUAUAUAUAUAUUUCCCAUGUAUUUUAAUGUGAUAUAUCAAUGUAUUUUUAAUUAAGGUUUAAAAGGGAGUAUAGACGUAGUCUUAAUCAUCACUAACUGAAGCCAAAUGCUAAUAUAGAGCUUACAUGAAAUAUGAGAAUAAUAGAUUAUUCUAUUCAUAAAGACAUUUAGGAAAAAAUAAUAGUACUUUUUCAUUUAUUUUAGAUGAAGGACCUACAAAUUGUUGCACUGAAUUUCUGUUACAAUAUAAUCCAGGUUGUUCAGCACUUUUGAGAAAGUGGUUAAUGGUCAGCGUAAUGAGGUUGACUAUGUAGUGAAAACACUUUUAACUGAUGAUAUCUAACAAAAGCUAUUUAAUGAUUAGGCCUGUCACAAUAAUUACAUUAAUGAAUUGUUGUAUAAUGUUAUAUGGGCAGGAAGUUAGUGGUUUUUGCCACAGUAUGGCCAUUAUGUUUUUCUCAGUAAGGAGUGAAUGAAUGAAUGAAUGAGUCAGUAUAAAUUCAGUACAACAGUACUCAGUUUAAUUAUUUAUUAUAUUUAAUUUAUGUAUAUUUUAUUUAGGACUUUUAAAGUUUUAGUUUUCUUAAUAAUUAAAAGUUUGUGACAUUUUAAAUUAAAUGAAUUGCUUUAUUAUGCUAUUCUAUUUUUAUUUUAAUUCUAUUAAUCAGAUAAAACAGUCUUAAAUGACAAUAAUAUUGUUUUUCACCAGCAUUCCUGGGACAAUAUUGUUUGGACAAAUAAAUAAUUAUUGUGACAGGCCUAGCUUUAAUGAA